CCUCUGUUACACAAACGUGCAGGAAUAUCUGGACCAUAGCCAAUCAGAGGGGGGUCCGCCAUUCACUAUCAUUGAUUUGUUUAGACCACGAUAUGGGCCUAAUGUGUGUCUGUUAUUGAAUCACAGGAAGACUUUCAGAGUUGCAGAUACUUUUUUUCCCCUCGAACGGCUGGUCGUACCGGUGCGACCUCUGAUAAUUUUAAGUCGCACUAUUGAAAAAUAAAGUCGCAUCUGCUCUGAUUGACUCUUUGAUGAUGAGAAAAACACCUAAGACUUUCGCGGAUAGAUUACAUGCCUUAAGCAUUAGCAAGCGGUUUAAAUUACCGUGCCAAAAAAUGCUAUGCAAAAUAAGCGAAUAAAUGACUGACACAAUUUUAAACAAGUAACGAUAAUAUUCACUGUAACGAUUACAGUUCAUGAUGAAUUAAGUACAUUUUAUUUAUUUUCGGUAGAUUUCACUAUUAUAAUUUAUUGCAUGAUAAGUUUCUGAAACUGGACCAUGAUCCAAGAUAACAAUAGGAUCAUAUUGGCACCUUGCCACUCUUGGAAUCAGUUAAUUAGAGAUCGAAAAAUAGUCAAUACGUGAAUGACCCUUCGUCACUGUAGAACAACAUGAUUAUGUUCUUUUAUUAGGGAACAAUGUUCUCCAUGGAACAGACAGAUUUUGUUAUUUUAUAUGGUCCCAUACCUUUUUCCUAGUCUAAGUGUGUCAAGUAAAAUUUUGGCAUGUUAAUUAAAAAAGAAAAACUUUUCAGACCCUUUGCUCAGUAUUUUGUAGAAGCACCCUUUUGAUUUAAUACAGCCACGAGUCUUUUUGGGAAAGAUGCAACGUUUUUCACACCUGGAUUUGGAGAUCCUCUGGCAUUCCUCCUUGCAGAUCCUUUCUAGUUCUGUCAGGUUGGAUGGUAAACGUUGGUGGACAGCCAUUUUUAGGUCUCUCCAGAGAUGCUCAAUUGGGUUUAAGUCAGGUCUCUGGCUGGGCCAUUGAAGAACAGUAACGGAGUUGUUGUGAAGCCACUCCAUCAAUAAUUUAGCUUUGUGCUUAGGGUCAUUGUCUUGUUAGAAGGUAAACCUUCGGCACAGUCUGAGGUCCUGAGCACUCUGGAGAAUCCUGGAUAUCCCUGUACUUGGCCGCAUUCAUCUUUCCCUCAAUUGCAACCAGUCGUCCUGUCCCUGCAGCUGAAAAACACUCCCAGAGCAUGAUGCUGCCACGACCAUGCUUCACUGUUGGGACUGUAUUGGACAGGUGAUGAGCAGUUGCUUGGUUUUUUUUUCCUCACACACCGCUUAGAAUUAAGGCCAAAAAGUUCUAUCUUGGACUCAUCAGACCAAACAAUCUUAUUUGUCACCAUCUUGGAGUCCUUCAGGUGUUUUUUAGCAAACUCCAUGCACGAUUUUAUGUGUCUUGCACUGAGGAGAGGCUUCUGUCGGGCCACUCUGCCUUAAGCCCCAACUGUUGGAGGGCUGCAGUGAUGGUUGACUUUCUACAACUUUCUCCCAUCUCCCGAAGGCAUCUCUGGAGCUCAGCCACAGUGAUCUUUGGGUUCUUCUCUACCUCUCUCACCAAGGCUCUUCUCCCACGAUAGCUCAGUUUUGCCGGAUGACCAGCUCUAGGAAGGGUUCUGGUCGUCCCAAAAGUCUUCCAUUUAAGGAUUAUGGAGAACACUGUGCUCUUAGGAACCUUAAGCGCAGAAAAACAUUUUUUUUCCCUUGGCCAGAUCUGUGGCUUGGCACAAUUCUGUCUCUGAACUCUUCAGGCAUUUCCUUUGCUCUCAUGAUUCUCAUUUGCUCUGACAUGCACUGUGAGCUGUAAGAUCUUAUAUAGACAGGUGUGUGGCUUUCCUAAUCAAGUCCAAUCAGUAUAAUCAAACACAGCUGGACUCAAAUGAAGGUGUCAAUCCAUCUCAAGGAUGAUCAGAAGAAAUGCACAGCACCUGAGUUAAAUAUAUGAGUGUCACAGCUAGUGGUCGACCGUUUAUCGAAUUGGCCGAAUAUCGGCGUCGAUAUCAAAGAUUUAGCCGAUAAUCGAUAUCGAUCAUUUUCAAUGCAGAUUGGCAGAUAAAGUCAUUUAAUUUUGUAAUGCGCUAUUUGGCUCUGACGCAGCCAAGGAUUUAGUGAGAGCAGUCGGAACACGUCUAUGUAGUUUGUUGCCAAGAGUAAUGCCCGCCCACUGCCCCUCUGAUUUGUUGGGACUAAGUCACAAGUCCGGCCAAUCAACGUGGGAGGCUGCGGAACAGAAAGUGCUGCUGCUCCGGGUUCAUGCUCUCUGAGCAAAAAAUGACAUCAGACGAGGACACAGACAGGGAGGGAGAAAGCAGCAGACCACCUAAAAAAAUUAAACGAGCCCAUGCCCCACAGCAGUUCCUAAAAGUGUAUCAGGAGCAAUGGCCGUGUCUCCGCCAAUCAAAACUGCUGAAUCAUGCAUUUUGCACAUUGUGCAAUUAUGAUAUUGAUGUCAGCCACCAGGGAGCCUCAGACUGUCGACGUCACGUAGAGGGGAAAAAACAUUUAAAAAUUGUGGCUGCUACAGAUUCAACCCCUAAAAUUAAUGCAUUCUUCCUAAAAUCACAAGAUUUGAGGCCAAUUCGGGCAGAAACCCUUUUCACUACAUUCAUUGUAGAACACAACUUGCCGUUAGCUGCUGCAGACCAUGCUGGACCACUCUUUAGGAAGAUGUUUCCCGAUAGUGAGAUAGCCAAACAGUAUAGCUGUGCCAGAACCAAGACAGCAUCCAUAGUAAAAGUCCUGGCCAAGAAUGAUGAUGAGCGCAUUACAGAAGCAAUGAAGCGGUCUCCAUACAGCCUUGCUACAGAUGGAAGCACAGAUAUGGAGGAUGUAAAAAUGUACCCUAUUGUUGUUAGGAUUUUUGAUCCCAGUCUUGGGAGGGUAGUUGUAAUGUUGCUCAAGAUUUGUGAAUCAAGAGAGUCUACUGGGAAAGCAAUAUUUGAAUUACUUGAUGGUGAACUGAAAAAGAGAGACAUACCAUGGUCAAAUUGUGUCAGCUUUGCAGCUGACAAUGCUGCAGUCAUGCAAGGUUUGGGAAAAGGUGUAGCAGCAUUUCUGAAGGCACAGCAUCCACACAUCUACCUAGUGGGUUGUGCCUGCCACCUGAUACAUCUAGCUGCAGAGAGGGCGUCUAGGCAACUUAGUGUGAAUAUCGAAGACUUUCUUGUCACAAUUUAUUACUAUCUGGACAAAAGCAGCAAGAGAAAGUCAUGUCUACGUGACAUACAGAUCAUGUGCGAUGCAGAGGUGAGAAAGAUCCUCAAGCUGUCCUCCACAAGAUGGCUGUCUUUGGGGCAGUGUAUGGCCCGUCUACUGCAACAGUGGGAUCCUCUUACUGUUUUCUUUAAAAAAGAAGUGGAUGCUGGAAAGAAAAAGAAGACCGAGCCCUCCAAGUCAACAAAGCCUCUGUCUGGUCUCAGACAUCUGUCUAAAGCUUCUCCUUCUACCAGCAUAUCAGCUACAAAGCUGGCCCAACCAAAGCUGCCACCAUCAGACUCAAAGCUGGCCCAACCAAAGCUGCCACCAUCAGACUCAAAGCUGGCCCAACCAAAGCUGCCACCAUCUGCCUUAAAGCUGGCGCAACCUAAGCUGCAACCAUCUGCCUUAAAGCUGGCCCAACCAAAGCUUCCACCAUCUGCCUUAAAGCUGGCCCAACCUAAGCUGCCUCCAUCAGACUCAAAGCUGGCCCAACCAAAGCUGCCACCAUCUGCCUUAAAGCUGGCCCAACCUAAGCUGCAACCAUCUGCCUUAAAGCUGGCCCAACCAAAGCUCCCACCAUCUGCCUUAAAGCUGGCCCAACCAAAGCUCCCACCGUCAGACUCAAAGCUGGCCCAACCAAAGCUCCCACCGUCAGACUCAAAGCUGGCCCAACCAAAGCUGCCACCGUCAGACUCAAAGCUGGCCCAACCAAAGCUGCCUCCAUCAGACUCAAAGCUGACCCAACCUAAGCUUCCACCAUCAGCCUUCAAGCUGGCCCAACAUAAGCUUUUACCAUCAGCCUUCAAGCUGGCCAAACAAAAGCUGCUACCAUCAGACUCAAAGCUGCAUUCACCUCUGUAUGAUUCUACCCAGAAGCCUGAAGUGAUCCCACUUACCAUUCUACCAGAAGAUAAAGCUCCUGCUGCAGAGUUCGACUUAAGCAGAUUCCUCUUCAUGCAAAAUAAAAUUGGAAUGGCAGCUGUAGAAGAAAAAAUGAAACCUGAAAGAACCAAGAAAGAAGAGAAAAGGGAUCUGACAAAACCAGAGAAGAUACUUCAGUUUCUUACUGACCCCAUAUCAAAGAGCCCAGGCUUCAAGAGCACGAUGAGCCAAAAUGAAUUUCCAGGGGAAAAAAAAGGGAAAAUCCAGGACCGGAGCGAUGACCUCUCCCCCACCGCCGCCACCGGUCUUCGAGAUUUCUACGAGUAACCGCUUUGGCCCCUUCUGCGAGACGAAACCCAACGUUGUGGUCAUCUGAGACUCAAUCGUCGGGAACUUACGCACAUCAUUCAAUGAAGGUAAGGUUUGCACUCAAUGUUUUCCUGGCGCCCGUGUUCUCGAUGUCUCUGCGCAGGUAACUGCGAUUCUGAAGGAGGAUGCAAGAGUGGGAGCCGUAGUUCUGCACGCGGGGGUGAAUGACGUGAGAAUGCGGCAGUCUGGUCGAUACUGUUUGCAACGCAUCGCCCACGGCGAGGAUCAUCGUAUCAGGGCCGCUUCCUACUUACCGAUGAGGCAACGAAAAGCUGCACUCGAGCAGCAUUGGAGCGGAAAUUCUGUCUGACAACAUCUCAAAGACGCUACGCACCAUUUGACUAGUAAGUACAAACUUUAACCAUAGUCUGUGUUCCUCUCACCCAACU